CCUCUGGCACACGGGAAUUUGUAUCUUUUCAUCUGACAAGAAUUUGUUGAGUCCAUGGAGAUAGAUGGGGGGCAGGAAAAUUGCAAUUUCCCCGUGAAAAAAGUACAUUGGUGUAGUUUUCUCGUGCGAAUCCCAUCAAGAGGCACCCCAUACUUCAUGUGAGCACCAUGCUAACACACAAAAACAACCAAGUUGUCCGGAAGAAAAUGCAAGUGUCAUUCGUGAUACGGGACGCAGAGGAGAAGCGCCACCGGAAUGGAGUCAAUGCCCUUCAGUUGGAUCCCGUAAAUGGGAGGCUUUAUUCAGCCGGCAGGGAUGCAAUUAUACGUGUGUGGAAUAGUACGCAAACAACGUCGCAGGAGCCCUACAUUCAGAGUAUGGAGCAUCACAAUGAUUGGGUGAAUGAUAUUGUGCUGUGCUGCGGUGGACGCCACCUAAUCAGUGCCAGCUGUGAUACGACGGUGAAGGUGUGGAAUGCCCACAGGGGAUUCUGCAUGUCAACGCUCAAGACGCACCGUGACUACGUGCAGGCGCUGGCCUAUGCGAAGGAUCGCGAGCAAGUUGCCAGUGCGGGGCUCGAUAAGGCAAUCUACCUGUGGGAUGUCAACACCCUGACAGCCCUCACGGCCAGCAACAACACCGUCACCACCUCUAGUCUGCCCGGCAGUCGCGACAGCAUCUACAGCCUGGCUAUGAAUCAGUCCGGCACUGUGAUUGUGAGUGGUUCACCGGAGAAUACGCUACGUGUGUGGGAUCCGCGCACCUGCAAUCGCCUCAUGAAGCUCAAGGGGCACACUGAGAAUGUCAAGGCACUCGUGGUGUCGCCCGAUGGCAAGGAGGUUGUUUCCGGCAGCUCAGACGGGACGAUAAAGCUGUGGAAUUUGGGUGAGCAACGAUGCAUCCAGACACUCCAUGUACAUUCCGAGGGGGUGUGGGCACUCCUCACCACCGACACCUUCUCGCACGUCAUAUCAGGGAGUCGCGACAAGAAGGUGUUCAUGACGGAGUUGCGGAAUCCCAGCAAUAGUGUCCUCGUGUGCGAGGAGCGCGCCCCCGUCCUCAGUUUGUGCUACAACGUCGACCAGACGGGUGUCUGGACGACAACGUGGAAUUCCGACAUUCGCUGCUGGCGCCUCCCGCGGCCGCACACUGACAAAUACAGCCACACCAACGACACGGGCGGUGUCAUCACGAAUGGUGGCACCCCGCCGGCACGGGGCACGGAAACGGCGUGCAUUCGUGGUGGGGCGGCCAUCAAGAAGUACGCCGUGCUCAAUGAUAAGCGGCACAUCCUCACGCGCGACACAGAGCAGAAUGUGGCGCUGUAUGAUGUGCUGAAGGUCACCAAGGUGGAGGAUUUGGGCCCCGUGGACUUUGAGGAGGAGCUCAAUAGGCGCAAUCAGCGCAUCUACAUCCCCAAUUGGUUUACGGUAGACCUCAAAACGGGUAUGCCAACAAUUGUCCUUGGGCAGGAUGAGGUUGAUUGCUUUGCUGCGUGGGUGGCUGCUGAGUCGGGUUUGCCGGAGCACGUUGAGGCAGGCUCAGAGGUGAAGGUGAAUUACGGUAGUUUGCUGCUGCAAGCACUCCUGGAGGCAUGGACGCCGCCGCACAGUGCCCCAGCAUCGGACAUGGACAACGAGAUUAAGGGCAAUGGGUACUUCUCAGUGCCGAAACAUACUCCCCUCAUUUUUAGCGAAGUCGGCGGGAGGACGGUGUGCAGGCUCCUCGUACGCGAUGCAGCGGGUGAAAGUGAGAGCGCCCUGCUGCAUGAGACAGUCCCGUCGUGGGUGACGGAUGUGGUGAUUGAGCGUAAUAUGCCUAAAUUCAUCAAAAUCCCCUUCUAUCUCCUCCCGCAUCCACUAAUGGUGAAGCAGGAUCGCAUGAAGAAGGAACGUCUCAUUGCCAAUGAAUUCAUACCGUGCCGAAAAUUAUGCGAACACGUACUGGAGAAGGUGCUUGGCACCGAAGUAACACCAGGUAUUAGCAAUGCGUCGAAUUCAUCCCAAAAUAGCCAAAGUGAUGCCAAUUCGGAGGGAUCACAGAUCCCACCAGAGGAUCGUCUCGAACUGCUCUGCAACGAUAUUGUUCUUGAUCCAAAUAUGGAUUUAAGGACAGUGAGGCAUUUGAUCUGGAAGCAAUCAGCAGACUUGACCUUCCACUACAAGACUAAGCCCUUUACCUGAGUGGCCACUUCGAGUACACCACCACCAUCAUCCCCCCCCCCCCAACACUAAAUUAAAGAACAAAUAGAGCUGGCAAAAAAGUAAAAAAAAAAUGGGGAAUUUGUGCAUGUAAAAGAUCGUCAUUUAUUCUAAUCUUUAGAAUGAACAUUUAAACAAUAUUUCUGAAGUUAAGAGAGUAAAAAAAAAAGAGAAUAAUGUGAGGAGAUUGAAUAUAUUAUACAACAAUUGAAAACUUAAUGAUUAUAAAAAAUGCGUCUUUUCUGAAUCUCCUGCAAUAGCCGGAAGUUCGGGAACAGGUACAGCUGGCCAUGUGAUGCGAGUCUUCGGCACAUGGAACGUCUCAGUCGUGCUGGUGUUGCUGAUUCCGCCGUUCCAGCUGCUCCAGCCGCUGUAGUGUUGACUGCUGGGGCUUCUCCUUGAGCUCCUUGAAGGUCUGCUCGAUGUCCUGGGAUAUGGAUGCCGGGACUUCAAUUUCAUGGGCCGCAUAAGUGUUUGGCAGCCGCAUGGCGACCCUCUCCAUGCAGAUUUCCCGCAGUGGCCGCACCGGGGCGUGGAUUCGGGCAAUUUGGCGCUUUAUCAUCAUUCGCACCAAAUCUAUUGAUCCCUCGUACCACACCACGGGGAAGAAGACUUCCUGGCCGUUCACCAGGAACUUGGUGAGGUUGUAGGCAUCCACGAAGCACCACGGAUGUGACACAAAGGUGUCAAUUUUUCGCUUCUCAUCCGGUUGGAGGAUGCCGUAGCUUGCUCUCUGGCCUGAAUAGUUUAUCCAGAAGAGCUCCACAUGCCUAUUGCUCGUAUUGUGGAAUAAUACGAAGGCCCGAUGUGAAGAAACUCCGGACCGUAGAGCAGGGAGUUCAGCGGGAACUCGUCCAGCAGCACCAGCAACGAUUUGAGCGUGUCCAGCAGCCAUUAUUUUUUUCUUAUUUUUUUAUGUGGAACUUCACGAACUUUUAAUGCACAGAGAGACGUGAAAAAUAAAGAUUUUUGCCAAA